GACCGUGUUCAUGUCUUUAUGGGAUGAGGCUGCAUCAGCUUUUAGGGGUCUCUUGAAAGCUGGGGAUAAAUCACAGUCCGUGAUGCUGGUGACCACAGUUAAUCCUAAACUCUUUGGAGGGAAUCUGUAUCUCAAUUCCACACAAGGGACUAGGUUCUUCUUUGACACCAGUAUCUCUGAAAUAGCAGAGUUUGUUAGCAUCAUUGGAUCUACACCACCUGAAGAUUAUACAUGUGUCGACACGCUUGAAGGAGUCAAGAAGAAGGAGCUUGUGUCAAUAGGGGAUCUCAACACAUUCAUCUCGAACUCUAACGAACAGAUCCAAGAAGCUGAUUUCCUCUGCAAAGCCCAGAUUGUUGGUGUCAUUCAGGAAAAUGGGUGGUUCUUUGUGUCUUGCACUGGUUGCCACAAAAAAUUGGAAAAACGUGGGACGUCAUUGGACUGCAGCAGAUGUGCAACUUCUGACGUGACUGGUGUUGUUAGGUUCCGCGUUGAGAUUGCUGUUGAUGAUGGCAAAGAUAGCGCAACGUUUGUUGUCUUCGAUAAGGAGAUGAACAAGCUCACCAAACAGGAAGCUGCUGUGCUUGCCCUGGAUGAGGUUUCAAACGGUGGAGAGGAGUAUCUCCCAAGUUGUCUUGAAGAGCUAGCCGGGAAGGAGUUUGUGUUUCAGAUCCGUGUAACACCUUUCAACUUCACUCCCAAUCACCGUACCUUCACCUUUGCCACCAUCUCUGAAGAUAUCGAGGCACACUCUGAGAACAGUGGAGUUGACACAGGAUUUGAAGUUUCGUCUUCGGGCCCGUCUGUUUUGGGAGUCAAGAUGAGUGAAGAACGUGCAUCAGGCAAUCAUCCAGGGAAUGCAGACGCUCAGCAGAAACGCAAGCGUGGCCGUGAGUAAUUGGGAAAACAUAUUCCUACAAACCCGUCAUCAGUCUUAUUUGUCUUUUUUUAAAAAUACUUCUACUAGCUAUGCUUCUCAUUAUGAGCUUUGAUCUCUGUCGUUAUC